UAUACAUAUUUAUAUAUUUUUUUUGUUUUCAUUAUGACUGUUAUGGAUUCUACAAGUAUAAAAAUAUGGUAUUCACAAUUACAUUCUUUAGAAAAGAAUUUAUUUUUCAUCAUUAUGUGUUAUGCAAUUAUUUCGAUUUCAUCAAGUGUGGGAUUAUUACUUUUACAAUUUAAUUCCAUCAUGAACAUUUCUUGGUUAUUUUAUUUAUUCGUAUUAGGUUUAGUCACUGCAAGUUUACAAAUUCAGUUUCUAUAUUAAUCUAUUUCGUUUUAAUACAAUUCGUGAAUGAUGUAUGCGAAUCUCUUGUUUGUAUAAAACAUAUUAGAUUCAUAAAACAAACGGCUUUUGUAUUAUUUAUAUUUUCUAU